UCACGGGAGCUAGAGGUUGUUCUCCAAGGCUACAACAAGUUGAAUGACGUGUUGAUGGAGUUGUGUUUUCUCCACCAACAGCAGAAGGGAGCUUCCACCCAACCACACUUCAGAAACGACGACACCUUCCAAGAGUUUAUCACUUUACAGGACUCCUUCAAGUAUAAUUUGGUUAAUAUAAUUAUCACGAAUUUGUCCCACCUUGGUUCAGGCGAUCCGCUCCCCUCCGCCUUAAAAAUACAAAGCAUCUUAUUAGCCCUUAGGUCGACCCAGGGAGUUCUUCUCCUCCACCCCCCGUCGCGCGAUGUCUUUAAUAUCCCAGCUAAUUUGCAACUUAUCCUCGACUUGUUGGUGCCACAAGAAGCUGGUGCUGAGAGCAAUCCGCAAAUCUUGCUUGAGUCCUUGGUUGUCUUGAUUCACAUCCUUGUGAAAAACCGGAACAAUUUCCGCAAUUUUGAAAUGCUACAGGGCCCAAAGGUGAUUAUAGAUCUUUUAUUUAUGCAAAAAUCCGAUAAACAAACCGCAAAGAAGGAGGAGUACAUCAAUAUCAAAUUCAAAAUCAUUGAGUUUUUGAUUUUUUACCUCGUGGACGAAAAGAAA